GGGCUGCUGCUGGACUGCGCGGCCAACGCGGGCGACGGCCGCCGCCUGCUGACCAAGAACGGACGCUCCAUGAGCGCCCAGGCGAUGCAGUCGCUGUACGAGCUGCGCCAGAACAACCUCCUGUGCGACGCCGUGCUCCGACUCGAGGACGGCGGCGUGUUCCCCAUCCACCGGGCCAUCCUCUCGGCCUGUUCAACGUACUUCAGGGCGCUGUUCACCACAACGCUGCACUGCCGGGAGAUGACAGAUAUCCUCCUGCACGGCGUCACCAGCGACACCAUGACCCUCAUCUUGGAGUAUGCGUACUUGAGAUCUCUGGAGAUUACUCGCUGCAACGUCUGCCAGCUGCUGGUUACGGCUGACUACCUGUGCGUGCUUGGCGUCCUGGACAUGUGCUGCGAAUUUCUCAAGACGAACAUGGCGCCGGACAACUGCAUCGGUAUCCUUAUGUUCGCCAGGGACCAUUUCUGCACGGCGCUCGAGGGGGAGGCACACCAGUACGUGAUGCGGCACUUCGUGCAGGUGGCCCAGGAGAGCGAGGAGCUGCUCCACCUCGACCUCCAGGAGCUGGCGCGCAUGCUGGCCGCGGACGAGCUCAACGUCAAGUCGGAGGAGGCGGUGUGGGAGUGCGCGCUGCGCUGGGUCAACUGCGACCCGGAGGCCCGCAAGCAGCACAUCGUCACCCUCAUGAGGAGCAUCCGGCUCGGCCUCCUCGAGACACAGUUCUUCCUCGAGAACGUCAAGGACCACCCGUACGUCGCGGGCAACGAGGCUUGCCGGCCCGUCAUCAUCGAGACGCUCAAGUUCCUGUACGACCUGGAGAUGAUCACGCAGAAGGACGGCGAGAUCCCCACGCCCGAGAUCGCUCGACCGAGAGUGCCGCACGAGAUCCUGUUCGCCAUCGGUGGCUGGAGCGGCGGCAGCCCCACCAACUUCAUCGAGACGUACGACACCCGGGCCGACCGCUGGGUCAAGGUCGACGACGUGGACCCCACGGGCGCUCGCGCCUACCACGGCACGGCCGUCGUGGGCUUCAACAUCUACGUGAUCGGCGGCUUCGACGGCAUGGACUACUUCAACUCGUGCCGCUGCUUCCACGCCGUCAACAAGACCUGGCGGGAGGUGGCGCCCAUGAACGCGCGGCGGUGCUACGUGAGCGUGGCGGUGCUGCGCGACCUGGUGUACGCCAUGGGCGGCUACGACGGCCACCACCGCCAGAACACGGCCGAGCGCUACGACCACCGCACCAACCAGUGGUCCCUCAUCGCGCCCAUGAUCAUGCAGCGGUCGGACGCCAGCGCCACCACGCUUAACGACCGCAUCUACAUCACGGGCGGCUUCAACGGUCAGGAGUGCAUGAACUCGGUGGAGAUGUACGACCUGGACACGAACCAGUGGUCGCUCAUCACCCCGAUGCGGUCCAGGCGCUCGGGGGUCUCGUGCAUUACGUACCACGGCUGCCUCUUCGUCAUAGGUACGCGUGGCCCAUCAGGCUAGCGGGCCAUGGCGCCUGCAGUCCGGUGGGUAGGCCAGCCGCCGUACGGGCGUGCGGCGCGCCCGGGAGAGUUGCCUACCUCACGGCGGCAGGUUGCCUACCUCACGGCGCCAGGCUACCUCACACACGGCGCUCUACCCUCUAAUUUGAAGU